AGUUGAUUUGAUGGCUGUUUGUGAUGCACUGUACAACUUUUUAAUGGUUGAUAUUGGAGCAUAUGGGCGAGAGAGUGAUGGAGGUGUGUUUAAAGAAAGUCGAUUUGGGGACAACCUACUACAUGGGAGAUUACAAUUGCCAUCGCCCCAAGUGUUACCAAACACCAAUAUACCUGUUCCCAAUGUCUUUGUUGCAGAUGCUGCUUUUCUGCUGCAUGUUAACAUGAUGCGACCAUACCCAAGCUCUAACCUCACUGAAUCAGAAAGAGUUUACAACUACAGGCACUCCAGAGCAAGAAGAGUUAUAGAGAACUCAUUGGGAAUCUUGUGUGCUAGAUGGAGGAUUCUUGGACGACCUAUGGAAUUUCAUCCACAAAAGGUAGUUGAUAUUGUGAAAGCAUGUGUUGCUCUUCACAACUUCCUCUACAAAACAGAUGCCUCAAAUGCUUCCACUUCUCGAUAUAUUCCAUCAAACUUCACUGAUACAACCACUGCUUCGCUUGACAAGUAGAAGGAGAAUGGAGGAAAAUUGUUGCA